AUGUCCAACAGCCCUACCAAACCAGAACUACUGGCAGAAUUUGUGUCGCCGUCAAAACGCAUCAAGCAGAUUUUUCGCAACCGCGAUUCAAAUCCUUCCAUUGAAAGCAUAUCUGAAGCACCAGAACAUCCGUUCGAGCCUGAGCAUGCCACGGCUUCUGAAUUGUUCCCCAGUAAGUCUCCAGCAAGGUCAAUAACCAGCGGCUUCAGUAACUUCAUGAGAAACCGAAACUCUCGUCCUUCGGUGUCGCUGGAGCUUCGAAGUUCCAAUGAAGCAUUGCCGCAAAUUAUACAAAAAAAAGACCCUGUUCGAGUCGAGGACUUUGCCGACUCUUCUGAGGGCAGCCACGAGUACGACUCUGACUCGGUCAACUCCAUUCUUGAAGAAUAUGAAGUUAAACCGCAACCUGCUGAAAAGAAGGAAUUUGUCUUCCAAGAGAAUUUCGAUGAAUCCGCCGAACUGGGUACUCGGCCUAUUACCAUGUCAUCCAUGUCAUCUGCUUCAGUCUACCAUGACUGUACCCAAACUCUACCCACAAGUGGUCCCGCUAAUCGACAUAAUUCCAGAAGACACACCGUGCUCAGCAGCUCUUCAAACAUCGAUGAAGAUAAAAGCAUUCUGAUGAUAUCCACCAUUUCCACCGUCGCAGAAAGAAGCGGCGAUAUACGGUACCCAGACCCGGAAAUAACUGUCAACGAUACCCCAAUCAAGAGCCAAGAAAAUACUUCCAUGGACCGAAUCGACGACAACCCUGUUCAGCUCCAGCAACCCCAGCAACUCCACAACGAAAGAGAGAGAAACAGUGCCUAUACACACCGGUCUUCUAUUUCUUCCGGAGAGCUUUUGAGCCGGCUCGAAGCAUCCUAUGACGUUUCUGGAAGAAGACAAAUGCGGCCGGUUAGCGGCCUCAACAAUUUUACCGCUCGUUUAGAUUCACGAACUGAGCUUCCUGUAAUGUUGUACCGAGUGGAAAACGAAAGCUUUUGA